CCCCCCUCCCCUUGGCUCAGGUCGUCUUUGUGGAAGUCGCCCGCAGUGGAAUCCAUUGGCAGCACGCUACCCGCUGUGCCAUGUCCGCCUAACCAUAGGAGGAGCCCAGGCGCCAACUUGCGGUACCCGCCCCAACGGAGGAGAAAGCCUCUCUCCCAAUUUUUUUUUUCCAAUACCACACAUUGCCUCCCCCCCGCCAAAAUAAAGUCAACUGCGCAUCUACAACUUCCCACGUUCGGCACCGUUCUCUGCCCUGCCAACUCCAUCAACCGCAACCUCCCUCUCAGAUUAGCCCGGGACUUCUCUGUCCCACGCCUCUUGUGGUUUCACUCCAUUAUCGAAUACGAACCAUCAAAAGAUUCGAUCGCACAUAAUGGCUGAGCCCAUCCGUAACAAGCGCCUUGAUCCGGCCACCGCGCCUACGCCGCAAAACACCCCUCUUCAAAAUGCGCCCAUUUCGUCGCAUGCCCAGCAGCCUGGCGUCGCCAGCAUUAAGGAAGAGGAUCUCGACCGUGCCGCUGCCGCCUCCAUCUUUGCCCAGAACCCCAAGCUCGUCCAGAUGAUCCAAGGAAGACUUGGUUCUCUCGUUGGCCGAUCCUCCGGCUACAUCGAGUCGCUGCCUCCCCAGGUGCGUCGCCGUGUUGCCGGUCUCAAAGGCAUCCAGAAGGAACACUCCAAGCUUGAAGCCGAGUUUCAAGAGGAGGUUCUCCAGCUCGAGAAGAAGUAUUUUGCCAAGUUCACUCCUCUCUACGAGAAGCGUGCCAAGGUUAUCAAUGGUGCCUCGGAGCCUACAGAGGAGGAGAUCAAGGCUGGCGAGGAGGAUGACGAGGAGGACGAUGAGGAGAUUGAGGAGGCCGAGAAGACCGAGAAGGCUGCCGAAUCCACUGAGCCGGUUUCUGGUAUCCCCGAGUUCUGGUUGUCUGCCAUGAAGAACCAGAUUUCCCUCGCCGAGAUGAUUACCGAUCGCGAUGAGGCCGCUCUCAAGCACCUGAUCGAUAUCCGCAUGGAGUACCUCGACAAGCCCGGCUUCCGCCUCAUCUUCGAAUUCGCCGACAAUGAUUUCUUCACCAACAAGACCGUCACCAAGACGUACUUUUACCAAAGUGAAAGCGGUUACGGCGGUGACUUCAUCUACGACCAUGCCGAAGGCGACAAGAUCGAGUGGAAGGAGGGCAAGGAUUUGACCGUCAGAGUCGAGAGCAAGAAGCAGAGAAACAAAAGUAAGCUCUGCGCAAAUAACCGCCCAUCGCGAUGCAACUGCUAAUUCCUCUUUCAGACACCAAGCAGACCCGAAUUGUCAAGAAGACGGUGCCUACCGAAUCUUUCUUUAACUUCUUCUCUCCUCCCCAGGCCCCGGCCGACGAGGACGAUGACGCUGCGUCCGACAUUGAGGAGCGCCUCGAGCUUGAUUACCAACUCGGUGAGGACAUCAAGGAGAAGCUCAUUCCCCGUGCCAUUGACUGGUUCACCGGCGAGGCCUUGGCUUUUGAGGAGCUCGACGAUGAUGACAUGGAGGGCGACUUUGACGAUGAAGACGACGAGGACGAGGACGAUCUUAGUGAGGACCGUGACGAGGACGAGGAGUCCGAGGACGACG